AUUUACGGGCUUUUAUCAAUCAAUCAAGAAUACUUGGUUAAUUCUUUUAAAUGAUUAUAGUUCUCUGGAGCCAUGGACAAAAAAUUAUUUACUAGAUAUUCUCAUGAUUACUUUUUCAUUGAGCACAGCAAUUAUAUUGUUUAACGUUUUGAUCGCGCUCGUAAGCAAUGCUUAUGAAGAAACACUUAAGAAUGCACAUACCAUUUGGGUUAUAGAACUGGCGGAAAUAAUUGCAGAAAUUGAAUUAAAUCCUUUAAUAUCACAUUACUUCCCUACAUUACGGGCUGAAGUACCUUGGACCAUUAUUUAUAGGGCCUCCACUGAAGAUGUUGAAAAGUGGGCGACUAAACAUGAAGAGAUGAAAAAAAAAUAUCAAAACAUAAAUGAUAAAUGGACUACUAAAUUUGAUAAGGAUAAAAUGAACGAUGAAAUGGUGAAAAUUAAAUGAAAUGAUAGUUAAAUUCUUAUACUCUAUUCAUAUGAUGACAUAUGACCAUAUUCCUAUUCUAUACUGGUUAAAUGGAACACAUAUAUAGUGAAAUAAAAUGGGCCACAAAGGUGCUAAAUUCCAGGUCCCACCUACAUCUAAAAUAUAUCUUAAAUUGGGAAUAAAAAUAAUCUUAAUGUGAAAAAAUAAACAAACCCUAAUUACAAUA